AUGUGUCCCCUGCAGCAUCCCCAGCCAUCUCCUCCGGCCGAUGCCGGCUUCCGUGUUCCGGUCCCUGUGACGUCAGAACGUACGGGCGCCGUAACCGGCGGCAAAUUUGAAAUUUUUAAAAAAUAUCAUUUUUUUUUUAAUUGCUGUUUCAAUGCAUUUCACAUAUAUUUUGUCCCUACUGCUUUGUCCUGUGCCCUGCCUGCAUUUUUACUGUUCUUUCUGCCUGGAAACUUAGAAAAGUCCAUGGCGUCCAAUAAGCAUCCCUUUACGUCAAAAGCGGUUUUAGACCAGCUAGAGAACAGCGAUAGUAAAUCAGAACCACUUGCAGAAUUG